AUGUCGGUGCUCAAGACGCUCAUCAUCAACCCGCGCUCGGGCGUCAAGCCCACCGCCACCCUCUUCUUCCUGCACGGUCUCGGCGACUCGAGUGCCGGCUGGUCAGAUGUAGCUCAGAUGCUGUCUCAGCGUCCGUCGCUGUCGCACGUGCGCUUCGUGCUGCCCAACGCACCCAUCCAGCCCGUCUCGCUCAAUAUGGGCAUGCCCAUGCCUUCGUGGUUCGAUAUCCUUGCCCUCGAUGACAUUUCCGGCUCGGAAGACGAGGCGGGGCUGCUCAAGUCGACGGAGGAGAUCAAGAAGCUCAUCAGCGCCGAGAACGACGGCACGGCCAAAGGUCUCGAUGGGCAGGCGAUCCCGAGCGAACGAAUUGUGGUCGGUGGCUUCAGCCAGGGUGGCGCCAUUUCGCUGCUCGCUGGUCUCACCAACACGAACGCUGUUGCCGGCGUCGCGGCACUGUCGACUUGGUUGCCACUGCGCGCAAAGAUCGCCACCCUCCGCACACCCACUUCGAAGAACCUCAAGGUCUUCCAGGCGCAUGGUGAUGCGGAUCCAGUGGUGAGGUACGAGUACGGACAGCGAACGGUGGAGUUCCUGAAGAACGAGUUGGGACUGAGCGACGUCGAGUUCAAGACGUACCCGAGGAUGCCCCACUCGGCAUGCCCGGAGGAGAUCCGUGAUCUAGCGGCGUUCUUGGAAAAGGUCAUUCCGGCUCAGUAG